CCGUUAAUAUCCCGGCCUCCGAUUCCGGUGUCGAUGUCAGUCGUCGUUUUACCGUUCGCCGAGAGAGAAUCGGAAUCGUGAAACGUAUUCGUGAAGAGCGCGAGGAACAUUCAACGAAACCGAGCAGACACACGUCCAACUGGUAUAGUUCAUACAAAACGAUAUGAAGAGAGUCAUAAGUUUAUUGAUAGUGGGACUGCUAGCAGUCGCCACGAUUGCGAAAGAGGACAAGGAGAAGGAAGAUAUUGGUACAGUAAUAGGAAUUGAUCUGGGUACAACUUAUUCUUGUGUUGGAGUUUACAAGAACGGUCGAGUGGAGAUCAUCGCCAACGAUCAGGGUAACCGAAUCACACCUUCUUACGUGGCAUUCACCAAUGACGGCGAACGUCUCAUCGGCGAUGCUGCCAAGAAUCAAUUGACGACGAAUCCAGAAAACACCGUGUUCGACGCCAAACGGUUGAUUGGUCGUGAGUGGUCAGAUCCCACUGUGCAGCACGAUGUGAAAUUCUUCCCGUUCCCGGUUAUUGAGAAAAACAAUAAACCGCACAUUAAGGUCGACACCAGCCAAGGCGAAAAGGUAUUCGCGCCAGAGGAAAUCUCGGCUAUGGUUUUGGGCAAGAUGAAGGAAACCGCCGAGGCCUAUCUUGGCAAGAAGGUCACUCAUGCGGUAGUUACUGUGCCGGCUUACUUCAAUGAUGCACAAAGACAGGCCACCAAGGAUGCUGGAACAAUUUCUGGCUUGGUUGUAAUGAGAAUUAUCAACGAGCCGACUGCCGCUGCAAUUGCAUAUGGUUUGGACAAGAAAGACGGCGAGAAAAACGUACUGGUGUUUGACCUGGGUGGCGGCACCUUUGACGUCAGUUUGCUCACUAUCGAUAAUGGUGUAUUUGAAGUCGUUGCCACUAAUGGCGACACUCAUUUAGGAGGCGAAGAUUUCGAUCAGCGUGUGAUGGAUCACUUUAUCAAAUUAUAUAAGAAGAAGAAGGGCAAGGAUAUCCGCAAAGACAACCGAGCUGUACAGAAACUGCGUCGUGAAGUCGAAAAAGCCAAACGAGCACUUAGUGCUAGUCACCAGGUCAGGAUCGAGAUUGAAUCGUUCUUUGAAGGCGAGGACUUCUCCGAGACGUUGACUCGUGCCAAAUUCGAAGAGCUGAACAUGGAUCUUUUCCGUAGUACUUUGAAACCUGUGCAAAAGGUCUUGGAGGAUUCUGACAUGAGCAAGAAGGAUGUGGACGAGAUUGUUUUAGUUGGUGGCUCGACUAGGAUCCCGAAAGUUCAACAGUUGGUUAAAGAAUUCUUCGGAGGCAAGGAACCAUCACGAGGAAUCAAUCCUGAUGAAGCUGUCGCUUACGGUGCCGCUGUACAAGCUGGUGUACUUUCUGGAGAACAAGAUACCGAUGCUAUUGUACUUCUUGAUGUUAAUCCUCUUACCAUGGGUAUCGAAACUGUUGGAGGUGUAAUGACCAAACUCAUUCCAAGGAACACAGUUAUUCCGACGAAGAAAUCUCAGAUUUUCUCUACAGCGUCUGACAGCCAGCACACUGUCACGAUUCAGGUGUACGAGGGUGAACGUCCUAUGACCAAGGAUAACCAUCUGCUUGGCAAGUUUGAUCUGACUGGUAUUCCACCGGCGCCACGUGGCAUACCACAAAUCGAAGUCACCUUCGAAAUCGACGCCAACGGUAUUCUGCAAGUAUCGGCUGAAGACAAGGGCACUGGCAAUCGCGAGAAGAUCGUCAUUACGAAUGAUCAGAAUCGCUUGACGCCCGAUGACAUCGAGCGGAUGAUCAAGGACGCGGAGAAAUUCGCCGACGAUGAUAAGAAGCUGAAGGAGCGUGUAGAGGCGCGCAACGAUCUGGAAUCGUAUGCUUACUCAUUGAAGAACCAAUUGGCCGACAAGGAGAAACUCGGCUCGAAAGUGAGCGAGGCGGAUAAAACUACUAUGGAAGAGGCUAUCGACGAGAAGAUCAAAUGGUUGGAGGAUAAUCAGGACACCGAGCCGGAAGAGUAUAAGAAGCAAAAGAAGGAGCUCACCGAUAUCGUUCAGCCAAUCAUUGCCAAGCUUUAUCAAGGCGCAGGUGGCGGUGUUCCACCCACUGGCGGCGAGGACGACGAUAUGAGGGACGAACUUUAACUGCAAGCUAGCGACCCGCUCAUCUCGGUUCGCGGUUUAGACUGAUUACUCGCCUUCCGAGCAAAUACUUUACAGAAGUGUUUAUACAUUAUGAGAGGCUGAGCGUGGUAUACACGCGAGAUUAUGUUCUCGCCGUACGUUUAGCUGAAAGUGGCUGUCUGGUUCUAAGUUUUACUUAGAUAAUAUGUAGUAUAGACUAUCUUAUAACUUUAAGACUUAGGUUAAGGAAGGCGGUUUGAAGCUAAAUGUACAGUGGGAAUACAAGUCUUCGUCUCAUAAGUCUUACGUACAUUUCGAGAGAAGUGCGAGAAAUUGUUAGAGUGAUGUCGAAAAGUCGUCAGAUUUCAAAGAAGUUAGAUUUUAGAUUACUCUCUAGAAUCUUAAUUCUAGAAUUUUGAAGAUUUCUCGACAUCGUCAACGUUUUCGACUGCGCUCGUUUCUCCCCCUGCGAUACAAGCAUAAUGACUCCACGGCAUCGUUAAUUUAUUUUGAGUUGUUUUGUAUGUUUCCCCACUAAGUGUAAUAAUCGAACGAUCGAUUAUUUGCGAAGCAAAGCGCGUUGAAGAUAUAUUUGUGGGUAUGUGUAUGUAUGACUGAACAAGAGUGGAUGAAGCGCGCGGAGACGGCUUGCUGCCAGCGAAUUACAUCGUACUAUGUACAAUGUAGCCGUGUCUACGCUUGAAUGCAAUAUGUGUAUCAGUAACGCAAGAAUAAAGAUUUUUUCAGUAAACCGUAA